UACAUUUAAAUAUUCAUUUAUAUUGAAGAAUGUGGGGAACACAUCAAAUUAUUAAUAUGUUUUCCAAAUAUGCAUAUUAUAAAAAUAUCUAGCCGAAUGCCUUAUGUUCGGACCUCCUAGCAACGUUACCUAGCAACGUUACGUCAUGCUUUUGUCGCAGUUGUUAAAUACUGUAUAGCUCGAGAGAGAAAUAAACCUAUAUUCAAAAGUGCUUUUCACCAAUGACAGAGAUGUAGUCUUUUAUCUUACUGCUGUGAUGAAGGAACGGAGUACCCUCCAGUCGUUGUUGAAUGCCUUGGCGUGUUUCCGAACAGAGGGCGAUGGCGCUAGUCCUCCUGUCAUCGCCACAGCUAUGUUCACCGCCGCCUGCAUUCUGUUCGUGCUGCCGACGCUGAAACAGACGUUAACAAGGCAGUUCAUCAACCGCCUCGGCGUUCUGCUGUUCAUUGUUUCUGUAUUCGUUGUGUUGGCCGUGUUCUUGAUGCUAACAGUUGCGGUCCAGGGCAACCAUCUAUUUUGCUUCAUGAUGAAUGGGCAAUUCCGCUUCUUGAGUGGAUUAUCGAAAGUCUGGCAGCGAAUGAUUGCAAUCUACAUGAUGUUCAUGCUGGUCAUAUUUAACUUUGGCUGCGCCCACCUCCUACGGUGCAUGUUACUCAGAAUCUGGGACUGGUCAAGAUGUUUUGAUGGCUGUAGGAGUUCUGUAUGUCAGCCGAAACGACCAUUGUGCAGGCCAAAACGUCCAUUGUGUCCAGUGAAACGUCCAUCGUGUGAGUCAAAACCAUCGCUGCUUAACCCAAAACGCCUGUAUUGUAUGCUAAAGCGUAUGUUGUUUGAGUCACCACGCCCAUUGUGUGAGCCUAAACGUGCACCGUGCAAGCCUAAAGGUGCAUCGUGUCAACAGAAACGUGCGUUGUGUAUGCCAAAACCUCCACCGUGUCAGCCAGUAAUUCCACAAUAUGCACUAAGACGCUCAUCGUGUGAGCCACGACGCUCUCCAAUGGAGCGAAGAUGUUUACCAUGUGAGUCAAGGCGUCCACCAUGCGAUUCAAAGCGACCAUCAUGUGAACUAAGACAUCCACCAUGCGAGUCAAGGCGAGCACCAUGUGAAACAAAACCUCCAUCAUGCGAGUUAAGGCGUCCACCAUGUGAGUCAAGGCGACCACCAUGUGAGCCAAAGCCUCCACCAUGUGAGCCAAGACGACCACCAUGUGAGUCAGGGCGGCCACCAUGUGAGUCAAGACGUUCAUCUGAACAAAAGUGUCCACCAUGUGAGCCAAAAACUCCACCAUGCGAGUCAAAGCGACCACCAUGUGAGUCAAGGCGACCACCAUGUGAGUCAAGGCGUCCACCAUGUGAACCAGCACCAUCCUUAUUGUGUCAACCACGGCGUCCAGUGUGUCCCCCAUGGCCAUCGUCGUGUGAACCACCACCACCACCACCACAACCACCAGUGUGUAAUGGAAAGGGUAAGAAGGCGGCGGCUACGAAGAGACCGUGCCAUACGUCAAAGAGCGCGGACACACAGCGGAAAUCUGCUGGUUGUAACGAACCCCAGGAUAUUGAGUUCGAUGUCGUCUGCCAUAUUAAACUGGAAGGCGUCACGUACAAAGCGCGCGACUGCCAGGUCAAAGUAACACGUGGAGGAACAGUGUAUUGAAGAAAGGAUUCAGGAAAGAGGAUAUCUACAGAUGGAAUAAACUCGGCUAAGAUUGUUUAGCAUGAACUAAAUACGGUGGGUUGUGUUAGUCGUGUAAUGAUUGAGAACUGUCAUUCGCACAGCCUCCGGUAGUCUCACUACAGAGUUCACUUCCGAGUGAGAGUUCAUUGGUCACGGUCCACUAUAAUUCCGAAUUGUGACACAUACUAUGGUUCACAUAUUCACUUCCAGGAAAUGGUGAAGAAUUAAAACAAUAUGUAUGUUUAAUGGUAAGCCUUCUGGCUCUAUUUUGUCCAUAUUAUUUUGUAAUAUUGUGCAUUGACCUUUUGGGAC